AUGGACGGAAACACCUGCCAGCCUAGCCAGGGAGCUCCGGGCGCCGUGUCGCAGCCGGGCCCCUCCAGAUCUAGUCCUGGUUUAUCGCACCCGCGUCGAUUUGAAGAAUCUUGGAUCGAGGUCGCCUCCCAACCAUCAUCUUCGUCCCUGUCCAGCAUCGGAGACGAGAUCGUCACUGCCGGCCUGCGAGUCCGAGGUCCGUACAACCGCCGUCGUCGUUUACAAGCCUCUGCUCGGUCAGUGCCUCACCCGCGAACAGCCAUACACGCUGCAGGCGCGAGCAGCCAGGAGGAGUACGACGAGAGCGAAAGCGAAGAUGAUCGGCUGUUGACGAGUUCGACCGAAAAUGCCCCCUCCGCACCGUCUGGGAACGGAGGCGAAUUCUCCGAGGCCGACUCGGAUUCGGAUGGCGACAAUGCGACUGCCCUUGGCCGUGUUCCUGAUAGACCCGUCUUUCACCCACAGCCGAAUGCCUUUUCACACCCUCCCCGUAAUGCUCCAGAAAGAAGUCAAUCUGCCACCUCGAGCAUGCCUCCUCACCCCCACAGCGGAUUUACUCGGCCGUCUUUCUCUCAACGGUCGCAGACUCGCGUCCACCGCGACGGCCCAUCAUUCAUGUCGCCCUCGGCUCGCGAGGACAAUGACGCGGCUUUGCGCGCAUCGCUUACAACCUUGUUGUCCUGCGCCGCCGCAGCCCGUGGCCUGCCAAAGUCAAAGGAAGAGGCCGAGGCAUGGCGGGCCUCGCGUAGCGGCGUGGGCGUUGGCCCGAGCCAGCAGCCCAUGGAACUUCGACUUGUACCCGAGUCGGAGUUGAUGCAAGAAUCUGCAGAGCCACGGCCAGUCACCCCAGGGUCUCCACGAAUCCGUAGGUCGCCAACCAGACAAGCCGAUAAAUCAAAGAGAUGUGGCUCUACUGGGCGGAACCCCAGGGCCAGCAAGAAGAAGAAAGUUGUGGUCGUCCCUGAAGAGGCGACCCUUGUCUCGCCCACCCUUUUAACAUGGAUGGUUAGUGCUGGUGUUGUUGUUCUCGUCUCGGUGGUUGGGUUUGGCGCAGGCUACGUCAUUGGACGUGAGGUCGGCCGCCAAGAAGCACAAGAAGUCUUAUCCGCCAGCAUGGGUGUUGCCAACGAAACGUCACAUACCGGACGCGAAGUCAUUAGAAGCUCCGGCGGCUUCAGGCAGCUGAGGUGGGGAGCGAGAGCCGUUGGCAAAAGCAUCACGGCCCAGGCAUGA